AGAGUCUGGAGGAGUAUAAAAGCCUCUUACUUUUUGAGCCCCAUCCAUACUUUUCCCAAGAAGAAGCUCCCCUAGCCAAAUUCCUCCUGAGCUGAUGCAAUGGCAGCUGAAGCUGGAGUGGAGGAAGCCAUCCUAGAAGAGAAGUUGCAACAUCAAUCAGGAGAUUUAGGAUAUGUACAAAAUCCAAGCUCAUUCAUAGAAAAGGAAGUAAUCGAUUCGAAGGAACAUCAAAAUCCAAUUUCAGUUGUUUUUGAUUGCUCUCAAACAAUUGGGCCAAGCCAAACUUAUGGAGCUGAAGCAGCAACAGGUGAAGGCAUUACCAUCGAUGAGAAGGCUAAAAAUGAGAACUUGCACUCCAUUGCUAUUGGAAGACUGGAUAAAUCUGAGGGUGAAGUUUUUGUUGAAGCACCUUCCAGAGAUCAGAUUCCUUUCAGUAAUGAUGCAGAUGUUGAUUUACAUGGUAAUAACUCUGUUGAACGGAAAAAGGAGGAUUUAGAGAGUGCAAUCUUAGUGAAGAAAGAGAGAGAAAAUGAAGUGCAAGAGAGAAAAGAAGAAAGUGCUACUGAAAACAAUCUUUCUUUGAGUGAGAAAAUGCAUGAAAUUGAAAAAAUGGAAAGUCCUGAGGCUGAACAAGUUCAAAAUCAUGGAACUUUGGAAGAUCAAAUUGAAAAUAGAGAACAGGAAAGUGCAGUUGCAAUGACAAGCCCUGAAAAGAUCGACACAAGGGAAAUAACAGAAAAUGAAGAAGUAGCUAGAAAAGAAGAAAGUGCUAAUGAAAACAAUCUUUCUUUGAGUGAGAAAAUGCAUGAAAUUGAAAAAAUGGAAAGUCCUGAGGCUGAACAAGUUCAAAAUCAUGGAACUUUGGAAGAUCAAAUUGAAAAUAGAGAACAGGAAAGUGCAGUUGCAAUGACAAGCCCUGAAAAGAUUGACACAAGGGAAAUAACAGAAAAUGAAGAAGUAGCUAGAAAAGAAGAAAGUGCUACUGAAAACAAUCUUUCUUUGAGUGAGAAAAUGCAUGAAAUUGAAAAAAUGGAAAGUCCUGAGGCUGAACAAGUUCAAAAUCAUGGAACUUUGGAAGAUCAAAUUGAAAAUAGAGAACAGGAAAGUGCAGUUGCAAUGACAAGCCCUGAAAAGAUUGACACAAGGGAAAUAACAGAAAAUGAAGAAGUAGCUAGAAAAGAAGAAAGUGCUACUGAAAACAAUCUUUCUUUGAGUGAGAAAAUGCAUGAAAUUGAAAAAAUGGAAAGUCCUGAGGCUGAACAAGUUCAAAAUCAUGGAACUUUGGAAGAUCAAAUUGAAAAUAGAGAACAGGAAAGUGCAGUUGCAAUGACAAGCCCUGAAAAGUUUGACAGAAGGGAAAUAACAGAAAAUGAAGAAGUAGCUAGAAAAGAAGAAAGUGCUACUGAAAACAAUCUUUCUUUGAGUGAGAAAAUGCAUGAAAUUGAAAAAAUGGAAAGUCCUGAGGCUGAACAAGUUCAAAAUCAUGGAACUUUGGAAGAUCAAAUUGAAAAUAGAGAACAGGAAAGUGCAGUUGCAAUGACAAGCCCUGAAAAGAUUGACACAAGGGAAAUAACAGAAAAUGAAGAAGUAGCUAGAAAGGAAGGUAAAAUUGAACAUUCACUGGACAAGAAGUUGGAAGAAUCCUGUAAAGUUCCAGAGUCAGAAAACGUGAGACAAGAUGUACCUAGACCAGUGUCUGUAAAUGAGCUUCAUUCAUCAACUGCCGAUGACAAAACUGUUCAAGAUCAAGAAAUCACACACACAAGCAAUGAAAAGGAAACUGUGAUUCAGAAGGAGGACGAAAAUGAUGCAAGGAACUUUAAUGCUUCUCCUUAUUCACAUUUACGAAAUCAGAUAGAAUCAAUAACUGAAGAAAGAAAAGCCGAAGAACUUCAAGAGACAUCUGAAGUUGUGCAAAAUAAGGAUCAGUUGCAGGAAAGAGGAAUUUCCCAGGAAGAAAUGGAGCCACACCGUGUAAAUUCUGACAUGCAAUUGUCACAGGCCCAAAAUGAAGAAGUAGAUGAGCAAGAUGAGGCAAAAAUUACACAGACGAAUCAGAAUGAGAGCCAUGAUAUGGAAGUAUCAUUGGGGUUGUUAGGUCAAAACUUUAUACAUGAAAUGAAAGAGAAAAUCAGAGACAUGGAGAUGAUCGCUUAUGGAGGUGAAACCAACGAGGCAGAAGCAAUAAUGACAGAUGAGGCAGAAGCCAGAAUGAAUGUGGAUGAGGAACAAAAGCGAACGGAGGAACAUAAUGAAUUUAAUGAAAUGAAGCAAGAGAAGCAAACCUUUGAAGAUAAUAUGCAGAUUGAUACCUGUCAUGGCACUUUAACCAAGCAUAGUCCAGAUAAUGUCCUGGAGGAUGAUAAGUGCCAAGAAAAGUUUGAAAUUUCCAACAAUGAGAUCCCCGAGAAAAUAAUCAUGUCUAAAAUAGGUGUUUCCAUUGAAGAAGCAGCUGCUGAACCACCAGAGAAAACACAAGUACCACAGGAAGAGGGUGAAGAAGUUGUAACAGCUGAGGAAACAAUAGCCAGAAUAAUCACCGAAGAUCCGAGCAGCAUACCACAUUGUGAAGAUGAAAAGGUCCCUGAAAUGGUCAAUGCAUAUUACAACACUGAAACUUCACAGGAGGAUAACCUGAAAAAGGAUGCAAAAGAUACUCCCACUAAUGACACCCCAAACUUGCAUAAGGUAUAUGAUCCAGCAGUCAGAAAACUUGAAGAAACCCCAAGCUGUGUGGCUGAAGAACUAAUUCAGCAAACAACUACCACCAAAGACAACGUAGAUAUACAGAUGUACAAGGAAAGUACAGAGCCUGAGAACCUUGCAGUCAUCUCAAACUCAAUGAACAAAGACCAAAAUGGUAAAUCUGAAGAGCUUAGGUUCGACAACUCAAGAAAAGAUGAUAAACCUCAGGACGAGGGAGGUAUAGAGAAGACCGCAGGUGACAUUCCUGUAACAGUUUGCAAGAAGCAAGAAGACUCCAAUUCUGUUGCUGAAGAACAGAAUAACCAAACCAAAGACUUUGACGACAACAAAAAAGAUGAUGUCAACCGGGAAAAGAUGGAGUCUGAGAACCUUGAGAUUGCACCAGAUUUGGUACAUGAGGAAAAGAUGCAACAAUCAGUGAAUGAAUUAGAAGCGGAAGGGACUCACAACUUCACAAAUGAUGUUAACCACAAUGACAUGGCUUCACAAAUCCAUGUUGUGUUCCAUGACAAUGAAACUGCAAAAGCAAAGAAUGAUAGUAUCUUAGAUAAUAAAAUGGAUGAAAAUUUCAACAAGUAUGAAUUGGUCAUGGACAACCUUAUCGAGAAGAAUGAACAGCCAUUAAAUUCAGACAGAAAAACUGAUACUUUACAAGUAUCCAGGGAAAUACUUGAAGAAACUUUACAUAUUAUAAAUGAGAAGCAUGAGGAUGAUAAACAUGAAGUGUGCAGAAACAUGGAUCUGAUAGAACAAGAUCCUAUAUCUGAAACUGUUGAAGAGAUAUGCAGAAUGUCUUCAGGAGAACAAAUUCAUGAGGUAAUUGCUGAUAAAAAUAUUAUGAAUUUUGCCAACUCACAGGGCAUAGUAUACAUGAACAAGGAAGUUGGCUCUUCAUCCUUCACACAAAAUCCUCUGGAAGAAAAUACUUUGGGAGCAGCCAUUCUAGAAGAAUCUGAUAAGAAUAUUUAUGAUGAAACAUCAGUUGAGGUAGCUCUGGAAGAUACACAUGAAACAAAAGAAGCUAACAAGAGGAUAGAAGGUUUUGUUUCCACAGAUGAAUUGGCAUAUAAGGUAAGAGGAGUUACCUAUGGUGAGGAGCAAAAGGAAGGUGAAGAGCUCAAUAAAAAAGAUGAACUGAAAGGAGGAGAGGAAACUAUUAAAGAAAUUAGUAGUGCAAUCUCUCCACCAAAUACUAUGGAUGAAUAUUUAGAUCAUGUCCACCAGAAUGAUAAGAGUGAAAAAGAGCAUGAGAAUACCGAGGCUGAGGUCCUUGAGACAACCAUCCUUGCAGAAAUAAAUUCUUCCACCAGAGAACUUGUUGAGGAAAAGGAUCUCCCCAACCAGCAAGAGGAAAGCUUUGAAGAAAAGGCUAAAAUAUGGACACCCCAAGAAGAAGCACUAGUUGGAAGCAAUAUUGCAAAAGCGAGUGACAGUAGAGAGAAUGAAGAUGCAAAGAUAUCUGAUAUCAUCCAUGUAAACAUCAACAAGGAACCCACAAGAGACAAUGACAAAGACAUGAACAAGAGCAUUAGUGAUGUACCUGACACAGACGACUUGGUUGGGCAACACAUACAAGCUGUAAACAAUAACCAAGAAAUAGUCCUGGACUUCAAAUGCAAGGAAAAGAUUGAAGAAGCCACUCACACAAAAGAGAGCACAGUCGCUGACAACAUAGAAGAGGCAUGCCAGAAACUUGAAUCAAUCUCAGAAUUAGUACACCAAUCUAAGACUCCGGAGGGGACUAGUGAAGUGAUGAUGUCUCAGAACUCAAAAAAUGAUGCCAAUCUUAGUGCUGACAUAAUUGAUGCAAGUGAAAUCACAGAAAACAAAGAAUUUGCUAAAAUGGAACAACCACAAGUCAGCCAAGGCAAUGUUGACAUAUUGGCAAAUACGGAGGCUUCAAUUAUCCAGAAGGACCAGAUGAUUAGCAAAUAUGAUGAAGGAAUUUGCAGUAUGCAACAUAAAGAAGAUAGCCUACCAUCAGAAGAUGGCAUUCAAAACACUAAUAUGGAUAAAGGUGAGGAUGAGAAAGACACCAUUGAAGUUUCAUAUGAGGAAGAGAACUUGGGAGGAGACUGCCACGUUGCAGGAUCCGUAAAUACAAGAGAUAACAUACCUAGAGCAGUAUCUGUAGAUGAAUCUCAUCCAACACCAACUACAGAAGACAAAACCUUUCAGGAUCAAGAAAUCACAGACACAGACGACAAAAAGAAAAAUGUGAUUUGGACAGAGGAUGAAAGUGAAGAUAACAACUUUGAUGCUUUUUAUAAACAGUUACCAAGGCAGGAAGACUCAGGAGUUGAAGAAGAAAAUCAUGAAAACCUUGAAUUGACAUUUGAACUGGAGAAAAAUAAGGAUCAGGGCCAGGAAACUUUAGAUGUUCUGGAUGAAAUGGGCCUUCAAAGUGUAGAGUCUGACAUGCAAAUAUUCAAUACUCAAAACGAGGAAGUAAAUGACCAAGAUGAAGCUGAUGACAAUCAUAUGCAAAUGAAUCAGACUGAGUGCCAUGAUGUGGAGGUAUCAUCUGAGGUGAUAGUUCACGAGGUUGUUUUGGAAGAUAAAACAGAUGAGGCAGAAGCAAGAAUGAACCUGGAUGAAGAGAACAAAAAAUACAAUCAAGAUAAUGAACUAAUACAGGGGAAGGAGGCUUCUGAAGACAAUAUGCAGGUUAAUGCCUGUGAUGGCGCUCCAAUAAAUCAAACUCUAAAUGACACCCUGGAGAUAGACAAAUGCAAAGAAAAUAUUGAAAUUUCCUCCAUUGAGAUCACAGAGAAAACAAUCGAGUAUGAAAUAUAUGCUUCUAUUGAAGAAGAUGCUGCUGCUGCUGAAAAGGAACAUUCAGUUAAAUCAAAACUACCUCAAGAAGAGAGUGAAGCAGUUCUAACAACUGAGAAAGCAGUAGCCAGAAUAAGCAUUGAAGAUCCAGGCAGCAUACCAGAUAAUGAAGACGAAAAGGUAUCUGAUGUCAUCCAUGUAAACAUCGACAAGGAACCCACAAGAGACAAUGACAAAGACAAGAACAAUAGCAUUAGUGAUGAACCUGACACAGACGACUUGGUUGGGCAACACAUACAAGCUGUAAAUAAUAACCAAGAAAUAGUCCUGGACUUCGAAUGCAAAGAACAGAUUGAAGAAGCAAGUCACACAAAAGAGAGCACAGUAGCUGACAACAACAUAGAAGAGGCAUGCCAGAAACUUGAAUCAAUCUCAGAAUUAGUACACCAAUCUAAGACUCCAGAGGGGACUAGUGAAGUGAUGAUGUCUCAGAACUCAAAAAAUGAUGCCAAUCUUAGUGCUGACAUAAUUGAUGCAAGUGAAAUCACAGAAAACAAAGAAUUUGCUAAAAUGGAACAACCACAAGUCAGCCAAGGCAAUGUUGACAUAUUGGCAAAUACGGAGGCUUCAAUUAUCCAGGACCAGAUGAUUAGCAAAUAUGAUGAAGGAAUUUGCAGUAUGCAACAUAAAGAGGAUAGCCUACCGUCAGAAGAUGGCAUUCAAAACACUAACAUGGAUAAAGGUGAGGAUGAGAAAGACACCAUUGAAGUUUCACAUGAAGAAGAGAACUUGGGAGGAGACUGCCACGUUGCAGGAUCCGUAAAUACAAGAGAUAACAUACCUAGAGCAGUUUCUGUAGAUGAAUCACAUCCAACACCAACUGCAGAAUACAAAACCUUUCAGGAUCAAGAAAUCACAGACACAGAAGACAAAAAGAAAAAUGUGAUUUGGACAGAGGAUGAAAGUGAAGAUAGCAACUUUGAUGCUUUUUAUGCACAGUUACCAAGGCAGGAAGACUCAAGAGUUGAAGAAGAAAAUCAUGAAAACCUUGAAGUGACAUUUGAACUGGAGAAAAAUAAGGAUCAGGGCCAGGAAACUUUAGAUGUUCUGGAUGACAUGGGCCUUCAUAGUGUAGAGUCUGACAUGCAAAUAUUCAAUACUCAAAACGAGGAAGUAAAUGACCAAGAUGAAGCUGAUGACAAUCAUAUGCAAAUGAAUCAGACUGAGUGCCAUGAUGUGGAGGUAUCAUCUGAGGUGAUAGUUCACGAGGUUGUUUUGGAAGAUAAAACAGAUGAGGCAGAAGCAAGAACGAACCUGGAUGAGGAGAACCAAAAAUACAAUCAAGAUAAUGAACUAAUACAGGGGAAGGAAGCUUCUGAAGACAAUAUGCAGGUUAAUGCCUGUGAUGGCGCUCCAAUAAAUCAAACUCUAAAUGACACCCUGGAGAUAGACAAAUGCAAAGAAAAUAUUGAAAUUUCCUCCAUUGAGAUCACAGAGAAAACAAUCGAGUAUGAAAUAUAUGCUUCUAUUGAAGAAGAUGCUGCUGCUGCUGAAAAGGAACAUUCAGUUAAAUCAAAACUACCUCAAGAAGAGAGUGAAGCAGUUCUAACAACUGAGAAAGCAGUAGCCAGAAUAAGCAUUGAAGAUCCAGGCAGCACACCAGAUAAUGAAGACGAAAAGAACCCUGAAAUACUCAAUUCUUAUAACACUGAAACUGCAAAAGAGGUUCACUUGAAAAAGAGUCUAGAGGAUAAUCCCACUAACAAUGUCCCAACUCUGGAGAAAGUAUAUGAUCCAGUGGUCAGAGAACCUGAAGGAACUCCAUGCUGUGUGGCUGAAGAACUAGCUUAUCAAUCAACCACUACCAAGGACAAUAUGGACAUACAAAUGUACCAGGACACUACGAUGGCUGAGAAGAUUGCUAUCAUCUCAAAUUCAACGAGUGAAAAUCAGAAUGGUAAAUCAGAAGAGACUAGUUUUGACAAUUCAAGAAAAGAUGAUAAACCUCAGGAUGAAGAAGGUUUGGAGAAGAACAUUGGUGAAGUUCCUGAAACCUGGAUCACAAAUGAUGAAAUCCUCAACAAUAUGGCUUCUGAAAUCCACGUUGUGAACAAUGAUCAAGAAACUGCAACUGCAAUUCAAGAAGACUCCAUCAGUUAUGUUGCUAAUGAACAGAUUAACCAAACUACAGACACUGAUGACAAUAAAAAAGAUGAAGCCCACAAGGAAAGGGUGGAAUAUGAAAAGAUUGAGCUUACAACGGACAUGGCGCAUGAGAACCAGAUGCAACAAUCAGAGAGUGAUGAUAACCUCAACAAUAUGGAGGCUUCUGAAAUCCAUGAUGCGAACAAUGACCAAGAAACUGCAACAGCAAAGAAUGACAGUAUCCUAGAAGAUAAAAUGAAUGAAAAUUACAGUAAGCAUGAAUUGAUAAUGGACUGCUUUAUUGAGAAGAAUGAACAAGCCUUAAUUUCAGGCAACAAUGCGGAUACUUCACCAGUGCCCAGAAAAAUGAUUGAAGAAACUUUACAGAUUACAAAUGAGAUGCAUGAAGAUAAUAAAGAUGAACUCUGCAAAGUCAUGGAGCCAGUUGAACAAGAUCCUAUAUCUGAGAAUGGUGAAGAGAUUUGCAGAACAUUUUUGGGAGAACAUAAUCAUGAGGCAAUUGCAGAUACAGAAAAUCUGAAUUUUGUUGACUUGAAAGACACUGUAAACUUGAACGAAAUAGUUGGUUCAUCCUCUGCACAAGAUCCUCUGGAAGAAAAUUCUUGGAGAGCAUCCAGACAAGAAGAAUCUGAUGAAAACAUUUAUGAAAAAGGAAUUCUUGAUGGAGAUCUGAAGGAUGCACAUGAAACAACAGAAGCUACCAUAAGAGUUGAAAACAUUAUUUCUACAAAUGAACAGAAAAAUAAGGUAACAGUAGGAAUUAUCUCCAAUGAGGAGCAAAAGGCGGGUGAAGAAUUCAAUAAAGAAAAUGUAUUGAAACAAGGAGAAGAAAUUAUUAAAGAAGAUAUGGUUAGUGUAAUAGCUCUACCAAAUUUUACUGAGAAAUCCUUAGAUAAUCCCCUUGAGGAUGACAAGAGUAACAAAGAGCAUGAAAAUAUCAAGGCUGAUGUCCUUGAGGUGACCAUUCUUGCUGAAGUAAAUGCGUUCGCUGGAGAACUUGUUGAAGGAAAGGAUCUUUCUGAAGAGCAAGGAGAAAACUUUCAAAAAAAGGCUGAAAUACCCCGAGAGGAAGCACCAGCUGGAACUAGUAUUGCAGAAGCAAGUCGUGAUACCAACAAUGAAGAUGCAAAGGAGGCUUCUGAAAUCAAUGAUGUGAACAAUGACCAAGAAACUGCAACAGCAAAGAAUGACAGUAUCCUAGAAGAUAAAAUGGAUGAAAAUUCCAGUAAGCAUGAAUUGAUAAUGGACUGCUUUAUUGAGAAGAAUGAACAAGCCUUAAUCUCAGGCAACAAUGUGGAUACUUCACCAGUGCCCAGCAAAAUGAUUGAAGAAACUUUACAGAUUACAAAUGAGAUGCAUGAAGAUAAUAAAGAUGAACUUUGCAAAUUCAUGGAGCCAGUUGAACAAGAUCCAAUAUCUGAGAAUGGUGAAGAGAUUUGCAGAACAUUUUUGGGAGAACAUAAUCAUGAGGCAAUUGCAGAUACAGAAAAUCUGAAUUUUGUUGACUUGAAAGACACUGUAAACGUAAGCGAAAUAGUUGGUACAUCCUCUGCACAAGAUCUGCUGGAAGAAAAUUCUUGGAGAGCAUCCAGACAAGAAGAAUCUGAGGAAAACAUUUAUUAUAAAGGAAUUCCUGAUGUAGAUCUGAAUGAUGCACAUGAAACAACAGAAGACAACAAACGAGUCGAAGACAUUAUUUCUACAAACGAACAGAAAAAUAUGGCAACAGUAGGAAUUAGCUCCAAUGAGGAGCAAAAGGUGGGUGAAGAAUUCAAUAAAGAAAAUGAAUUGAAACAAGGAGAAGAAAUUAUUAAAGAAGAUAUGGUUAGUGCAAUAUCACUAUCAAAUUUUACUGAGAAAUCCUUAGAUAAUCCCCUUGAGGAUGACAAGAGUAACAAAGAGCAUGAAAAUAUCACGGCUGAUGUCCUUGAGGCGACCAUUCUUGCCGAAGUAAAUGCUUUUGCUGGAGAACUUGUUGAAGGAAAGGAUCUUUCUGAAGAGCAAGGAGAAAAAUUACAAAAAAAGACUGAAAUACCCCAAGAGGAAGCACCAGCUGGAACUAGUAUUGCAGAAGCAAGUAGUGAUACCAAGAAUGAAGAUGCAAAGAUAUCUGAUGCCGUUCAUGUAAACGACCACAAGGAACCCACAAGAGAAAAUGAUGAAGAUAUGAACAAUAGCAUUAGUGAUGUACCUGACACAGAUCAGUUGGUUGGGCUAUACAUACAAGGUGCAAACAAUAACCAAGAAAUAGUCCUGGACUCUGAAUGCAAAGACAGCACAGUAGAAGAGUCAUGCCAGAAACUUGAAUCAAUCUCAGAAGUAGUACACCAAUCUAUAACUCACAAGGGGACUAGCGAAUUAAUAAUGUCUGAGAACUCAGAAAAUCAUGCUAAUCUUAGCCCUGAAAUAGUUGAUGCAAGUGAAAUCAUAGAAAACAAAGAAUCUAGAAUAGAACAACCACAAGUCAGCCAGGGAAAUAUCGACAUCUUGGCAGACACAGAGGCUCCAAUCAUUCAGAAGGACCAGGUGAUGACCAAAUAUGAAGAAGGAACUUGCAGUAUGCCACAUGAAGAGAAUAGUCUUCCAACAGAAGGUGACAUUCAAGACAGUAACCUGGAUAAAGGUGAGGAUGAGAAAGAUACAAUUGAAGUUUUACACGAAAAAGAGAACUUGGAAGGAGACUGCCAGGUCGCAGAAUCAGUUAAUACAAGAGACAACAUACCUAGAGCAGUGUCUGUAGAUGAGUCUCAUCCAGUACCAACUGCUGAAGACAAAACUUUUCAGGAUCAAGAAAUCACACACACAGAAAAUAAAAAGGAAAAUGCGAUUCAGAAAGUGGAGAAAAGUGAUGUUAGCAACUCUGAUGCUUCUUAUUAUUUGCAGUUACCAAAACAGGAAGAUUCAACAACGGAAGAAAGAAAUUCUGAAAAACUUCAGGAGAUAUUUGAACUGGUGCCGAAAACAGAUCAGUUCCAGGAAAAAGUUGCUCUGAAUGAAAUGGAGCUUCAUACUGUUAAGUCUGAUGUGCAAAUAUUCCACACACAGAAUGAGGAAGUAAAUGACCAAGAUAAGGCUGAUGACAAAUAUACACAAAAGAAUCAGAAUCAGAAUGAAGAAACAGAAAAUAACAGAAGCAAGAUAAUGAUUGCUUUGGAAGAUGAGACAGAUGAGGCAGGAGCAAGGAUGAAUUUGGAUGAAGAGAAAAAGAAACAUAAUGAAGACAAUGAACUGAAACAGGAGAAGCAAGCUUCCGAGGAAAAUAUGCAGAUGAAGACCUGUGAUGAAACUCCAACUGAUCAAACCCUAGAUGACGUCCAAGAGAAAGAAGUGUGCAAAGCAACCGUAGAAGUUUCCUCCAUUGAGAUCCCAGAUAAAAUACUCAAGUAUGAAAUAGGUACAUCCAUUUUAGAAGUUGCUGCUGCUGCUGAAAAGGAACAUUCAGAGAAAUCAGAGCUACGUCAAGUAGAUGAAGCAGUUCUAACAUCUGAGAGAGAAGUAACCAGGACAAACACUGAAGAUCCAAGCAGCAUACCAGAUUUUGAAGAUGAAAAGGUUCCUGAAAUGGCAAGUAUUUAUCAUGACAACGAAACUACAAAGGUAAUGGACGGAGGUAACCUGGAACAGAAUGUAGAAGCAGCUCCAACUAGUGAUAUCCCAGUUUUGCAGAGCAUACAUGAUCAAGUGGCUAAAGAAACUGAAGAAACACUAAACUGUGUGGCUGAAGAACUAAUUCAUCAAACCACCACAACCCAGGACAAUAUAGACAUUGACACAUACAAGGGAAGUACAGAGGCUGAGAAGCUUUUCAUUUCAAACUCGGUGAAGGAAGAAUGCAAUUAUAAAUCAGAAGAGAUUGACCUAGACAACUUAAGAAAAGAUGACACAACUCAGGUCUAUGAGAUCCACGACAGAGAGAAUGACCAAGAAACUGCAAAAGCAAAGGAUGACAACAUUCUAGAAAAUAACAUGGAGGAUGAUUCCAAUAAGUACGAAAUGGUCAUGGACAGCCUUAUCCAGAAGAAUGAACAAGCUGCAAACUUGGACAAGAACAUUGGCACUUCACUAAUGCCCAAAAAGUUUAUUGAAGAAACUGUGCAGAUUAGAAAUGAGAUGCAUGAGGAUGGUAAUGAUUCAGUAAGUGAAAAUAUGGAUCUAAUUGAACAACAUCUAGUGUCGAGGAGCGUGGAAGAGCUUUAUAAAGCAUUUUCAGGAGAACAGAAUCAUGAGGCGAUUGCUGAUACAGAAAUUACAGAUGUUGUUAACUCACUAGACAAUGUGAACAUGGAUAGAAUAGUUGGUUCUUUAUACUCCACACAAACCCCUUUGGAAAAAACAACUGGGAAAGCAUCUAGUCCACAAGAAUCUCUUGACGCAGAUCUAGAGGAUAAACAUGAAAAAGUAGAAGCUAACAAAGGUAUGGAAUGUGUUGUUUCUAAUGAUGAACAGACAAACAAGUUGAUGGUAGAAGGUACUUCUAUUGAGGAGCAAAAGGAAGGUGAAGAGAUCAAUAAGAAAAAUGAAUUGAAUCAACAGGAAGAUUCUUUAAUGAUGGUAGAAGGUACCUCUAUCGAGGAGCAAAAGGAAGGUGAAGAGCUCAAUAAGAAAAAUGAAUUGAAUCAACAGGAAGAAACUAUUAAAGAAGAUAUGGAUAGUGAGAUCUUUCUAGAAAAUACAACUGAGCAAUUUCCACAAAAUGUCAUCAAGAAUGACACGGCUGAGGUCCUUGACACAACCAUCUCGGCUGAAGUAAAUGCUUCCACUAGAGAACUUACCGAACAAAAGGACCCUCCAAAGGAGCAAGAGAAAAGCCUUCAGGAAAAGGCUGGAGUAUGUACACCCCAGGAAGAAGCACAAGUUGGAAUUGGCGUCGCACAUUUGAGUGACAAUCCUGAUAAAAAAGAUGAAAAGGAUUGCAGAAUGACACAGAAAAUGGAGUUUCAAGCUACGGAAUCUGAACUAACCGCUACAAGUCAGCAUGUAGUAAGAAAAACUACAAAAGAUCAGGAAGCAGUCAAAGACAUUGAUGAAAAGGUUGAAUUGCAACAUGCCAUUUUUAAACACACUGAAUCUUCAGCACAUGGAAAGUUAGAGACAACAACUGAGACAGGACUUGUUGAAGUCGAGCCAUCUUGUGAUGAAAACAUUUCUGAUGCAAGAGAAGAUUCUUUAUGUACAAUGGAAGCUUCAGAUAUGAAUACCAUUCAGAUAAACAUCGCUGAAGUAACUUCCGAAGCUCAUAAAAAUGUUUCAAGAGAAGAUAAUGAAACAAAGGAAACAGCUUUGUUGGAGAAUGAAAACAGAAAAGAGCAGGAAGUUGACAAGUGCUUGCUAUCUAACAAAACAAAAAACGAGGAAGAGGAAAGAAAUUAUUUAAACCCUCCUGAGGUGAAAGUUUCUGGGAAAAUCUACACAAAUGAGUGCAUUGAGGACAGAACACAAGAGAAGAAAAUUAAAGAAAGUGGCUCACAGGUUGAAAGCAUGAAGGAUGUGGAAACUGAAAAUGUCCUCAACAUUUUUUAUGCAAUGGAUGAGAUUAACAAGGAAAAUAAGUCAGUAAUGGACGCAGAAAAUAAUGAGGACCAGGAAUAUGAAACAAGAUUAGAAUCAGAGGAAGAUGAAGACAAAGAGGAAGAUAAUAUACAACCAGACAUGAAAGUUUAUGAAGCAGCCACUACCAGUGAGUAUAACGAGGAAAAUAUCAAAGAAAAAACCACUGUAAAAAGUGUUUCAGAAAAUCAGAAGUUGGAGGAUGUGGAAGCCAAAAACCCCAUUUAUAUGGUUCCAGAUGAGCUUGAAAUAGCAGAUAAAGAUACAUGUACUGAUGAAGAAAGACAAGGAGAACAACUAAAUCGUGCAGACCUCGAAGAAAAAUUUGAGAAAAAUAAGGAUAGGGCUCGUAAAGCAGUUGAGGAAGUGGGGCCAUUCAGUUCUAAUGAGCAAAUUCAUGCUUGUGAUGCAACAGAUAAUUUAAGUCCUCAAGAACAGAUCACGAAAAUAGUGGAUUCAGAUAUGACUAUAGAAGACAAUCACAGAAAGAUGGUUGAUGACCCAUGCAUCACUGCUGAAUUUCAUGAAGAAAUGAAAAAUGUGGCAAAAUUUCUUCCACAAAUGGAAACACUGGAUUUUAAAUCCCUUAAGGAGACAGAAACUUCUGAAAAUUUUGUCUCACAAGAUGUGAGAGGAUCAGGGCAAAAUGAAAUAUCAGAUUUGAAUUUUCAGGAUUAUCCAAGAAAAGUCAUGAAGCUUCAACAACAAUCAGACGAGGAGGUUGACAGAUUGAAGAUAGAAUAUCCAAAUGUAGAAAAUGAGAAUAUCAUAGCUGACGACAAUACUGUUCCAGAACCUGAAGUUUCUGGUGUAAAAGAUGCAGCUAGUGAACAUAUUAAGGAAAACAACGAUGAAUCAAAUGAUAUGGAGCCAAAGGAUAUGUUGGAGGCUAAGAGAUCUGUUACUAUACCACAGCAGAGCCAGAAGAAAAUGAUCAACAACUCUGACAACAUCUCAUCAGAUCAAGGUCCCAUUAUCAUGGAUCCAUCUGAGAAGAGAGGAACCACAACAUUAAUAGAUGAGGAAGAAAGGAAUGGUUCAUUUGUCAUAAUUGAGACAGAUGGAGAAGUCAUAAAAUAUGGAGACAAGGAUCUUGAUGAAGUUUCUGAGUUUUUUAUCAGAGAAUCCGCUGAGGGGAACAUUGAGACCCAAGCAAUGCAUGUAGAAGCUGCAAAUGGUGUUGGUAUAAAUGAGACAGGUGAAAAGUGUCAUGAUGAAACCUCCAUCUCUCUGUUGCCAUCUGAGGCCAUUGUAACCAGAGACCAAGACGAUAGGGUGAAUCUAGAAGAAACUUUGAAGUCAGAAUCUGAUGUAAGCAUUGCCGAAAAGGAUGACCAUUCAGUGGAAUUCAGAGAGAAUAAGGAACUUUUAGGAAACUUAUCCACCACACAAGCAACAGAAACAAGCAUAUUAGAAGAUGAAAAGGAUAGAUUGGAAGAAGCAGAAGGACCAAGUUGUGAAGUUGCAGGCUUGAAUAGAUCAAAAAGUGAGGAGUAUGAACUAAUUGACCAUGAUGAUUUGCCUGUUUCACAUUUGAUGGAAGGAAUCUUGCAAGGUAAACGUGCCAAGCUUGGUGGUGUGGAGGCUGAAGCUAAGGUAGAAGAGAACAUCUCUGUUCAAAACUAUGACACCAGCAUCCCAAAACAAGAUAGCAUUUUGGUCUCACGGUCAACUGAACAUGUCAGAGAAGAUACAAGCACAAUGGAAGACAAAGUUGGUAAAUUUGAAGACAGUUCAGGUCUAAUGCUAGAAUGCAGCCAUGACAAUGUUAUUGGAAAUAAUACAAAAGAGUUGAUUGUAACGGAGGAUGAAAGGCCAGAAAGAAAUACUAAUGAUGAUUCGCCAGCAUCAAAAGUGGGUGGAAAUGUAUAUGAGGACUUCUCAAAAGCAGAUUCUUUGCAUCAUGAUGAGAAGAUUCAGACAAGCAUUAUUGGAAAGACCAGCGGAAUCCCAAUGCACGAGGACAGGGAGAACAAAAUGGAUAUUUUUUCAAAAGAAGGUGGAAUAGAAGACAUGAGAAUUUUUAAGGGGGUUGAAAAGAUAGACCAAGAUUCCAAUGCACUGUUACAUGAACAACUAGCUUUCACAUCUGAACCAGAUGAGGAUGCAAAGAUUUUGGAUAAAGGUGAACAAAGUCAACUGAAUCUUCAAACUGAUGAAAUUGGGAAGUACGACUCUUUGAUCAUUGAUAAUACAAUAGAAGGUACAAAGAUUCAGUCCAAAGGUGUAAAAAUUGAGUCAAGCAGAGAGAAUCAAGAUGCAAUAAAUGAACUUCGAAUUCAAAAUGUGAAAAGUGAUCUAAAUGAACAAUACAUGUCAUUUGACUCACAUGAGGUCCAGAAAUUAGAUACCUUUGUGAAAUCUACUGAUAAAGUUGUUCAGGAGGAAAAGUUCAAGGAGGAAAUAAGCCCAAAAGUUCUCAUGGAUGAAAGGCAAACUAACAAGACAACAGACACCCAUUUGGAUGAUGAUAAAACUGAUGAAGAAAAUGAUGAGAAGGAAGAUGAAGAUGACCAUAAAAUAAUGGAGUCUAGCCAUGAUUCAGCAGUUCCUGUGGAAGCCCGAGAUGCAGUGCUGAAGCCAGCACAUAAGAAAUCUCAUAACAUUUUAUCAGGUGUUGGAUCAAAGGUCAAACGGUCAAUUGCAAAAGUUAAGAAAGUGAUCACAGGGAAGUCUUCCCACUCAAAGACAUUGCCACCACCAUAAAACAAAUGCAUCAGCUGAUGAACUUGGAGCAUGUUUUGGGAUGUAAUGAUGGAUUUUCUUUAGACUGUAUUAUAUGUUAGUAUGGCAGAUCUAGUGGCUUUAUCUGUUUAAUUAUGUACUUUACUAUUUAAAUUCAACAAGUACUCUUAGUUAAAAUAGUCUAAGUGUGGUACCACCUUCAAGAUGUUGAGCAUUCAGUAUUGUAGUAAAAUUUCCAGCUGAGUGCA